AUGAAUCAGUCACGGCGUGCGAGACUCGCCCUUGUCUCGCUCAUUCCCUUUCUGGCUGGGGCCAAUGCGGCGCUCUAUGAUACCGUCAUUGAAACCCAGUAUGGUCGGCUCCAAGGCUACCCGGCCUUCACCAGUGAGCCGACUGGCAACCUGACCCAUUGGAAGGACAUCACCGUCUGGAAGAACAUUCCCUUUGCAGCCACCACCGGCGGGCAGAACCGCUGGAGAGCCCCCCAGCCAGCCAGCGCAUGGAAUGGCACCCGUGACGCCAAGUCAUUUGGCAAUGUCUGUCCUUCUGCCACGUCGGGGACCUCAGAGUACACCAUCGAUGAGGACUGCUUGAACCUCAACAUCUGGAGUCCGGCCAACUCGACGGACGCGAAAUUGCCGGUUGUCAUGUGGAGCUACCCAGCCUUGUCAACGGCCGCCGACGCUCUUUUCGAUGGGGGCGGCAUGGCGGACCAAGGGAUCGUCUAUGUGAACUACAACUACCGGACCGGCUCGUUCGGAUGGCUGGCACACCCGGAGCUGUCCGAGGAGUUCUACGCCGUGACCGGAUCCAACAGCUCCGGGAACUGGGGGAUGCUGGACCAGAUUGGUGCGCUGAAGUGGAUCCAUGAGAACAUUGCCGCCUUCGGGGGCGAUCCCGAGCACAUUACGGUGAUGGGUCAGUCGGCUGGAUCGGCCGCUACCCAACACAUUGUCAACAGCCCAUUGACCAAGGGUCUGAUUGUGGGCGGAAUCAUUGAGAGUGGGGUGCGGGAUCCGCAUGAUCCCUUGUGCACCAGUCUGGCAGAGGGCUACAAAACCCUGGACUACGCGCUGGCCCAGGGCGAGCGCUUCAUGGCCAGCCUGAACUGCACCUCCAUCGCCGAGAUGCGAGAAUUGCCAAUGGAUGAUUUGAUCGUGUCGGGUGGGACCUUUGGCAGCGACAGCGAAUGGGACUUUGCCGCCACCCUCGACUACUAUGUCAUGCCGGACACCUAUCUCAACACGUUGAUCAAGGGCCUGGGGAACGACGUGCCCAUCAUCACCGGCAACACCAAGGACGAGAGCGGAGCAACCUAUGGACUCAACAUCACUGUGGCUGAAUACCUGGCCGACCUGAACGAGACCUUCAGCGAGCCCUGGCUGUCUCGGUUCCUGGAGCUCUACCCCGGAAACACGUCGCUGACGGCCUCGGGGGCCUACAACUCGCAAUGGACGGAUCGGUCCAAGGUGGGCACCUGGUUGUGGGCCCGUCUCUGGGCCACGGCCAAGACCAGUCCGGUCUACACGUACUUCUGGGACCAUGCGCCGCCGGGCCAGGACCAGGGGGCCUACCACGAGUCGGAGAUCAACUACGUGCUGAACAACCUGUACGACACGGACCUGGCGUGGACGGCGGAGGACUAUGUGAUUGCGCGGAGGAUGAACGGGUACUGGGCCAACUUUAUCAAGACGGGGAAUCCAAACGGAAAGCAGCUGAUUGAGUGGGCGGCCACGGCCUCGAACUCGACGGUGCAGCAUGUGGGUAACGGAUGGGGAGCGAUUCCGGUGGCUUCGGAUGCGAAGGUGCAGUUGUUUGAGGAGUGGUUUGAUACGCUAGUGGCGUAUUAG